AUGUUUAAGAAGAUUUUUAUCGCCGCUGCUGUCCUUUCCAUAGCUGUCGGACAAUACAAUCAUGGCUAUGGACAUGGACAUGGACAUGCGCAGUCGUCUCAGAACAUAGUACUGCAUCAGAGUCACGGCCAAACUGCUUACAAAGCGCCCGCUUUAGUUUUACAACACCAGCCAACACAUUAUGCAGGACACAAUGAAAAUCACCAGGACUACUAUGCACCACCACACUAUUCGUUUGAGUACUCUGUAGCCGACUCACACACGGGUGACAUCAAGUCCCAACGCGAGAGCCGAGAGGGUGAUGCUGUGCACGGUUCCUACAGCUUGCACGAGUCUGAUGGCACUAUCAGAACUGUUGAAUAUACCUCCGAUGCUCAUAAUGGAUUCAACGCUGUUGUACAUCGUCAAGGUCAUGCUACGCACGCUGUUCCCGUUCAACAUCAUCAUUAA